AUGCCGUCAAGCCACGAAAAGGACAAGCCGUGGGACACGGACGACAUUGACAAGUGGAAGGUGGAACCAUUCAAGCCGGAGGACAAUGUGGGCGGCAGCUUUCUGGAGGAAUCGUCGUUCUCGACGCUGUUCCCCAAGUACCGCGAAGUGUACCUGCGGGAGGCGUGGCCGGGCGUUACGCGGGCGCUGCAGAAGCACGGCAUUGCAUGCGAGCUAGACCUAGUGACAGGUACGAUGACGGUCAAGACGACCCGGCGUACGUACGACCCGGCGGCGAUCCUGAACGCACGGGACCUGAUCCGACUGCUGUCGCGGUCUGUGCCGGCACCACAGGCGCUGCGGGUGCUGGAGGAGGGCGUGGCGGCGGACAUUAUCAAGAUCCGCAGUCUGGUGCGCAACAAGGAGCGGUUCGUGAAGCGGCGGCAGCGGAUUCUGGGGCCAGGCGGAUCGACGCUCAAGGCACUGGAGAUCCUGACGGAGACAUACAUUCUGGUUCAGGGCGGUACGGUGGCGGUGAUGGGGCCGUUCCGCGGGCUCAAGGACGUGCGCCGAGUGGUGGAGGACUGCAUGGCCAACGUGCAUCCGAUCUACAUGAUCAAGGAGCUGAUGGUCAAGCGCGAGCUGGCCAAGGACCCGCAGCUGGCCACCGAGAGCUGGGACCGGUUUCUGCCCAACUUCAAGAAGCGCACGCUGAGCAAGCGGCGCGUGCCGCUCAAAGUCACCGACAAGGCGGCCAAGCCGUACACAGCCUUCCCACCGGCGCCCGAGAAGAGCAAGGUCGACCUGCAGAUCGAGACGGGCGAGUACUUCCUCAGCAAGGAAGCCAAGAAGCGGGCCACCGAGACCGAGCGCCAGGAGAAGGCCCACCAGAAGAAGGAGGACAAGAAGCGCGAGCGGGAAAAGGACUUUGUGCCGCCCGAGGAGGGCGAUGCCAAGAAGCGCAAGAAGAAGAAGCGGAGGACGGAGGAGGCGGCCGAGGAGUAG